GGGCCUCCGUGAACGCGGCCUGGUCCGGGUCGCAGCGAUGAGCAGCAGCCAGGCCUCGGCCUGGUACCGGCGGAUGUCCAUAGUCUAUGCAAUGGGCGCGUGGACUGUGUUGGGCUCCGCGUUUUUAUUUGGCCGGGAAAAGGACAAGCUCCCAGAUGAAGUUGAGCAAAAGGAAGUAUUGCCGGUUGAAAUACCUGAGCCCCCAAAAGGAUUUUAUGUGGAGACCAUAGUCACAUAUAGAGAUGAUUUUGUUCCAGUUCCUGAGAGAAUCUACAACUAUUUGAAAUCAUGGACUGGUGGCCCUGGUGCAGAAUCAUGACUUAUGGCUGAAUUCUGAAAACCUGACGUGUGGUUUAGUAUGCAAAUGUAAUAAAUGCUUUGAUUACAAUUU